AUGUUCCGUCGGCAGGAUGGAAACGAUUCCAAAAUGCCACGCCAGUACAAUUCCGGAAACGAUUUCUCCACCGAGAUGCGUUACGACAGCACGACCGUGAUUCCGGAGUUUGAUAAAAGACCAGCUCUGAUUCACGUUCUACUGCUGAACAAAACAAUCCGUCUGUUUGUGGUGCUUGGUUUGGCCAGUGUCGUAGUACCAGCGUUUGCGUAUUUGUUUUUCUUCUCGAAGGAAAUCGGUCACGGGACUAAGCUUGACAUACUUGGUACGUGUGGUCACCCGACGCUUUAUCACAUACCCUGCGGAUAUCCUUACAAUCUGACACAGGACGAAUGUCACCGGUUGGGAUGUUGCUAUACUAGUUUGGCCACCUGUUACCAUUCACUGCCUUCAGAGCAUCAGUACAUUAUAGGCAGUGAUUGGACAAUUGGUGAACCUGCCAUUCUAACCGCCUACCGACCUGUAACGCCAUACGAAAAAGCGGCCAUCCAGGAGGUUCGUUUCGAUGUCAGUGUUACGGAGGAUACUGGAGGACGCUUUAGGUUCUUGCUAUCAAAAAUGGAGGGUAAUCAACAGCCUCCACAGUCCAGCAGUUCCUCCGUGACGAUGGAAACGGCUGAUCUGAAGGUGCAAAUCUACAGUCCAACGUUCUUCAUUGAGGUGAAACGAAAGAUCGAUCAGGAAGUGAUCUUUUCCACCGCACGAGGUCCACUGAUAGUGAUGGAGAACUUCAUCGAAUGGACACUACACUUGGGGGCAGACAUUUUGUUUGGGUUGGGUCGUGCCUAUCUCGAACCGGGCACCAAGUAUCUUCUACUGAACAAUCAAAACACGUCUGCAGUUCCUAUCGUCAUGGGUUAUAACACAAAGUUGAAAUCGUUCAACGGACUAAUGUUCAACACGCCCGGACUUACGGAGGUAGAAAUAGUUGGAUCACGGCUCAUCAUCGUACGGGCACAGCUUGGCGAUAGUUUCGAACUUCAGUUUCUGCCUGGACCUACUCCAGCCAUGCUCUACCGACAAUCGAAAGCAAUUCUACAAAACCACUACACACCACCCUACUGGGCGUAUGGAGUGCACGUUUGCGAUCAGUCCGAGAAGCGCAACUUAACGAUCGUGCGCCAGAACCUGGAACUUCUGCUCAACGAUACCGUCAUGUUCGAUUCUCACUGUCUGCACAACGAUCUGUUCUGGAUCUCCGACACGAUGACGAUCGACAAGGACGUCGAAGCGAUGCUGCAGAUGCUUAAAGAUGCUGAUAAAAAGUUUGUCCCUUCGCUAGUGCUUAGCGUAGGAUACGUCGGGAAUCCAACGUUUAUAGAUGCACGAGAAAAGGGUAUCCUUUUGCGGCAUCCAGGCAAUCAGCUAGCUUACACCGGGCGUGUCAGGAACCGUACCGCUGUGUACGUGGACUGGAGAACAAGUAACUCGGCCAAUCUUACCGAUUGGUUCAAUUCGCAGUGGGAGAAAGUUUUGAACUUAGAGGCGGAUGGAUACGUGCUGGAGGAAGCUAGUCCACGGGAUGAACGUAACAGUACGUUGCCGCUUCUAAGGCAAUUAGUCUAUCAACCGGAUCAGUUGAACGCGACCUUAGAAGCGAUGUUGCCCUGGAACACAUUGCUGUCAGACAGUCAGCAGCUUGUACUUUCACAGCACAACUUAAUCGGUGUUCAGGCGCUAGAAAUCGUACAAAAGAAGAUGGCUUCGUCGAACUCAUUCAUAGUUACAGGAGCGUACGAUAUAUACACUCGAGCAGCGUUACUUCCCUCGAAUAUCUCCUCCACGUGGAUAUCGCUGCGCAGCGAGGUGGAUCGUUGUAUAGGCCACUCGGUAGUCGGUAUCAGCUUCACCGGAACUCCGGUCUGUGGUAAUGCUCCUGGGCGUGCGAAUGUGUCGGAGGAACUCUGCAUCCGGUGGUACCAGUUUGCGUCUCUAUUACCACUGUUCCGAGUAACGGCCGAUCGGGCACCGAAUAAAUUUAGUGGCUUUGGACAGCGCGUUAUGCAUGCCACUGUUCGGAAACGUUUCGCUCUGCUCGAGUACAUGAACACCUUGCUGCUGGAGGAUGCACCGUACCUGCGGCCAAUGUUCUAUCACUUCGAAGAAGCCGCCAACUACACCAUGGAUCUGUGGGAACAGUUCAUGGUUGGUGAUGCAAUAUUGGUCGCCCCGGUACUAUUACCUCAGAUGAUUCAGAUUGCCAUCUACUUUCCCGAUACGUUUUACGAACUUUGGGCCGGUCAAAAGAUCGACGGGCAUGAUGUGCUUCAGUACGCGGUGGUUGAGUCCGAUUUACCGAUGUUUUUGCGUCCUGGAUACAUCGUGCCGCUGCGUGACAUUGUUGAAGAGUUGGUAGAACUCGCCAACGGAACUUCGAUUCCUUUGACGGCGGAACUUUCGCGUCUAAAACCGCUCCAUUUGAUAGGAGCGUUCGAAUGUAACGUUCGCCGGUGGAAAUGUUCGAUGACGGGUCAUGUUUUGUUUCAGCCCGGUUUUCGAUUGGACUUUGGGGUGGAGCUUGAUGAGCGUGUCGUAAUAAGCGUCGUAGCGAAUGUUACCUCACUCGAGGAAGCUCAGCAGGUGGUCUGUGCGGAAGGUGCCACCGUGAAUGCUACCAUCGCGAGUGUGCAGUUUUACGGCCAUCCAAACACAACGCAAACGUUGGCGUUUGAUUUCGACUAUGACUUCUGUCAGCAGGAUAGCAAACGGGUGGAGUACGUGAACGAGCACCGCAAGGGACCGGAGACGGACCAGUUCGGAAAUCUCACCUAA